CAGCUGACAAUGUCCAAUCAAACUGCAGAUGAAACAAAUAUUGAUUCUGCUCAAGAUGACAUGCAUAAAUUGCUCGAUUAUAUUCCACAGGUGGAUAAAGUGUUCAAUUUACAUGGAAAAAUUGGAGAAGGUACUUUUAGUAAAGUUUAUAGAGCAACUGUUAAAUCUGAUGAUUCAAAUGUUUCCAAACAAGAAUAUGCAUUAAAGUAUUUAGUUCCAACAAGUCAUCCUUCUAGAAUUGCAAAUGAAUUAUAUUGUUUGAAAGAAUUGGGUGGAACCUGCAAUAUUAUUAAUGUUGAAACUUGUCUAAUGGAAAAAGGCCAUGUAGUAAUAGUUAUGCCAAAUUUUUAUCAUGAUAAAUUUCAGGAUUAUGUUAAAUUGAUGAAUGUUGAUGAAAUGAGGGAUUAUAUGAAGAAUUUAUUUAUUGCCUUGGAGAAAGUUCAUUCUCAUAACAUCAUUCAUCGAGACAUAAAACCUAGCAACUUUCUUUACAAUCGUGAAGAGAAAAAAUAUGUUUUAGUAGAUUUUGGUCUGGCUCAACGUUUGAGUUCUUCAAGAUCAAAAGAAAAUUGUGUCGAAGAGGUCAUAAAGAAAAAAAGGAAAAGAACAGAAAAUCAAGAAAAUGAAAAUUUGAAAAUGAAAUCGCCGAGUAAAAAACGUCAAGUAAUGCAUGAUGUCAGCAAUACAUUCCUUCCUCUGUCACAAGUAAUGCAAGAGGUCGGCAAUAAUCAACUUUCUCAGUUGUGUUCACUUCAGGAUACAAAAAAGUUUCAAACUCAUCCAAAAUUAAACAGAACAUUAUUUGUUCAUAGCUUUGACAGUAAAACUACUAAAAUGAAUUGUAGUAAAACAAAUGAUAUGGUAAAAAAUAGAUGUUCUUGUUAUGGAAAACAGGAAGUGUGCAAAAUCUGUUUAAAUAGACCUCCAGAAAUUGCACCACGUGCUGGGACUCCAGGAUUUAGAGCACCAGAAGUCCUUUUGAAGUAUCAAAGUCAGACAACAGCCGUUGACAUGUGGGCAGCUGGUGUGAUAUUCUUGUCGUUACUAACAAAGAAGUAUCCUUUCUUCAGAGCUUCUGACGAUUUAAGUUCCUUAGCUGAAAUAACUUGCAUUGUAGGAAGUAAGAGACUGCAACAAGCUGCACUAAGUAUUGGCAAGAGAGUGUUUUUGAGUAUUCAAAAACCAAAAGUAGAUUUUAAAUUAUUGUGUCAGAGGAUCCAAAGCAUACAAAGAAACAGCGAAAAUGUGCCAAAUGAACCGGAAAAUACAAUACCUGAAUCUGCCUAUAAUUUACUAGGAAGACUUUUGGAUCCAAAUCCACUCACUCGUAUAACUGCGCAACAGGCUUGCGCCCAUCAGUUUAUAACUACAACAAAUUAAAUUGUAUUUAAAAAAUAUUUAUAAAUA